GGAAGAAGAAGAAGUUUGACCCGGAACGAAUGAGCGAAGCCUUCCUGCAGCUUCUGCCUCCAGCAGUGAGCAGUCAGCCGGUUCAUGUGGGAGUUAUUCAGCUGUGAAGUGUCCGCUUUAAUCGCCACAGAGCUCAGCUGAUGCUCCGCGCAGGGCGGGGGGCCGGUAGCCGGUAGCCGGUAGCCGAUAGCCGGUAGCUCGGUCCAGCGGAGCCGCACAGGCCGGCGGUGACCGGCGGUGACCGGCAGGAUGAGCUCGUCCGCCGCCCUGCACACCCAGCUGGCCACGGUCAUGGAGUCGCUGGUCCACGCCGCGGUGGCGGAGCUGAAGAAGCUGGUGGAGGACAGCUCGGCCGGAGAACAGCCGCCUCCGCCGGCCAGAGAGCAGGAGGAGAGCCGGGAUCAGAUGGUGCGGUUCGCCUCCAUCAUGGAGACUUUGGGAAACGAGGCUUUGGGGAAGAUUGUGAACAUCGUGGAUGAAGCCAAACUGCUGGUGGAGCUGCAGGCGGGGAGGGGCGGCAAGAGACCGCAGACCAGUAUCCUCAGCGUCCUCAACAAGGCGCGCGUCGAGGUCGAACACUCAUAUGGACUCCGGCUGCAGAGCGCCGACACAGACGGAUCCGCUCAGGCCAAACCGCCAGAGGAAGGAGUGGAAACGCCAUUCGUCCUGGCGGUCACUGUUAAAGACGAACACGGCAACAUCGACCUGGGAGCCAUCGCUGAGAGAGCUCGUGUCGAGGCCGCCCAGCCGGUGACCUCUGACCCCGAGUGUGCGAAGGUUCCAGGUUCUCCGGAGUUCGUGCUGCAGAGCGUCACGUGGAAGUACUUCAUGUGCACGGCGUGCGGUAAAUCCUUCACGUCUCAGAGCAACCUGAAGUCUCAUUAUCGUAUCCACACGGGCGAGAAGCCGUUCAGCUGCAGCGAGUGCGGCCGGGCGUUCCGGCAGCGGCAGAGCCUGCAGAGCCACAUGCGCACGCAUACUGGCGAGCGGCCGUACGAGUGUCCGCAGUGUGGGAAGUGUUUCUCCAAGCAGGCGCAGCUGAAGACACACGCCAUCAUCCACACGGGCGAGAAGCCAUAUGGCUGCGAGCUGUGCGGCCGCCGCUUCAACCUGCUGCAGAACCUGCACCGCCACGGCCACACCCACACCGGCAAGAAGAUCUUUGUGUGCGGCGUGUGCGGGAAAGGCUUCACCCGCGCCGUCACGCUCAAAACACACGAGCUCAUCCACACCGGGCAGAAGCCCUUCAAGUGCGAGGAGUGCCCCAAGACCUUCCGCCACGCCGUCAACCUAAAGAACCACCAGAGGAUCCACAGCGGCGUGCGGCCGUUCAGCUGCGACGUCUGCGGGAAGAGUUUCCGCCAGUCGGUGAACCUGAAGAUCCACCGGCGGAUCCACACCGGCGAGCGGCCGUUCAGCUGCCCGGAGUGCGGCAAGACGUUCAGCCAGCAGAGCAGCCUGAUCUCACACGGCCGCACGCACUCCAAAGAACGGCCGUUCGCCUGCGACUCCUGCGACAAGAAGUUCAACAACAACAACAGCCUGAAGCUGCACAUGCGCGUCCACACCGGAGAGAAGCCGUACAGCUGUGACGUCUGCGGCAAGACCUUCAGCCAGGGCAGCCACCUGCGCACGCACAAGAGGCACGUCCACGCCGGCGGCAAGCAGUACAUCUGCGACAAGUGCGGGAAGAGAUACGCGGACCAACGCAACCUGAAGCUGCACAAGUGCAGCUACGCAUGAAUGCCACGCCGCGGAGGCGGCAGCUCUGAGUCACUAAUGUUAAAAUGCACAUCCAGACAGAAAUUAAAAACAGUAUUUUUAUGAACUGAUGUUUUGUUUAAAGUAGAAUAAUAUUUUUUUGUUUUGUUUUUUUUUUAAUAAGAAUCUGAGUGGUGGGUGUGAGACAGGAAGUGGACCUGUUUUAACCAAUCAGAGCAAACACCUGUGGAGGUGGGCGGAGCCUCUGCUUUUGUUUGAACAGUAACCUGCUGCUGAACUCCAGUUUACGUUUCCUCAGGUUGGUCUCUAAAUACUACAGUACCCAUGAGCCUCAGUGGCUGUUACUAUGGAGACGCCUCCAUCUAGAACUGUGUGAAUAAUCCAGAUGUGAACUGAUGAAGUUUUCUGAAUGUAUCCAGUAAUUCCUGCAAAGACCAACCGCACAGCAACGGAGUCUGAAGUGCUCUGAUUGUAUGGUUAUUACAGCAAUGCUUUCUGGGAGUUGUAGUUGUUACAGACACAGUUUGUGACCUUUUGACCUUUUCUGUUCAGCGUCUCAGUGUUUGGCUGAAUCCAGAUGUCCAGACUGCAGGUUUGUUCGCAGGAAGUCUGCGAGUCAAAACUCGCCGUCAUCAAGUCCUCAAGGUCCACUCAGGCUGCAGAAAAUUACCCACAAUCCCGCAGCAAAAGGCUAUAGAAUGAUAAUAAUUAUUGUUACUAUCAAUAAUAAUAAUAAUAAUAACAGACUGUGUAACAUCUUUUGAUGACAUUUUCUUUGUUCUGUAAGUGAAUUUCUGUAGUUUUGUUAUAAUAUAAACAGAGUUACAGCCUGCAGGCGUAAUAAUCUCCGUUAAAGAGCAGCAGACGAUGUUUCUGUCGUCGACAGUCUGAAGAUAAAAUCAGCAGCUCGUGAACAAAAUCUGAACUGCUGCUCUUAUCAGAACCAUGAAGAAACGUUCAGAAAACACUUGAAAUGAGGUACAGGUUCAGGAAUUUCACUUCAUCUCCAUGGAAACGCCUUCGCAGACGUGAUGACGCGUCACGGAGGAUAAACAUCUGGAUUCAGCCUCUGGUUCUCGCCUGAUGUAAGCCGGCCCAGUGAGAUGCUGUAUUCUGAUUGGUUGAAACAUUAAUUUAUGUUAAUUAUGAUGCUGAAAUGCACACUGUUGCUUUUUUUUAAAAAUAAUUUUAUAGAUGAUAUUUUUCAUGUGUUUUGAAAUAAUAAAAUCUAUGAACAUUU